AUGUUCUCAAGAAUCUUUACCGUUAUCCGAAGCUCUCUCAACACAACAAGACCCUCCACAUCCACACCGCAAUCGGCCAGCACUAGUCGACUUUCGUUGGAGGACUCGUCCGAGGAGUUUGUCAAGAAGAGCCGGCCUAUUCUCAUCUCCAAUCACUCCAAUGACACUGUGUCUUCAUCUUCAUCCUCGAUAGCCGCCAUCUUUGGCUUGUCAAACAACAAUGCAGAUGACUUUAUUCAAAAGGACCUUAUUUCAACAUCACUGUAUUAA